GAGGCGGUGCCGGGCCGCGCUCGGGCUCCGGUCCCAGGGCGGCAGCGCGGGAGGCGGUGCCGGGCCGCGCUCGGGCUCCAGUGCCAGGGCGGCAGCGCGGGAGGCGGUGCCGGGCCGCGCUCGGGCUCCAGUGCCAGGGCGGCAGCGCGGGAGGCGGUGCCGGGCCGCGCUCGGGCUCCGGUCCCAGGGCGGCAGCGCGGGAGGCGGUGCCGGGCCGCGCUCGGGCUCCAGUGCCAAGGCGGCAGCGCGGGAGGCGGUGCCGGGCCGGGGCCGCCCCCGCUCCAGUGCCAGGGCGGCAGCGCGGGACCCGCCAUGGCCGCUGUGCGCCCCCGCCGCUGACAUGGCCGGGGCCAGCGGCGGGCGGCAGCAGCCGGCGGAGCUCCCCGCAGAGCCGCCGGAGAGCUACCAGCUGCGGCAGGAGAACGAGCUCCAGGUGCUGGAGUCCAUUUACGGGCAGGACUUCCAGGACCUGCGGCAGAGCCAGGCCUGGAAGGUACGACAGCCUCCUGAAAUUAAUUUAGUUCUGCGUCCUCAGGGAUUGACUGGUGCUAAUGAAGUGUAUGCCAAAGUUGACCUGUGGGUCAAGUGUCCACAUACUUACCCUGAUACAGUUCCUGAGAUAGAACUAAAAAAUUCCAAAGGCUUGUCAAAUGAGAAAAUAAAUGAACUAAAAUGCAGGCUAGCUGAACUGGCAAAACAGCGCUGUGGGGAGGUGAUGAUAUUUGAACUAGCUGACCAUGUACAGUCAUUUCUCAGUGAGUAUAAUAAACCACCUUCCAAGUCUUUUCAUGAGGAAAUGCUAAAAAAUCAUCAAAAGGAACAGGAAAGAUUGGCUCAGGAGGAAUUGCGUAGGGCACAAGAAGUUAAAAGAAGAGAGGAGCAGGAGCAACGUGAAAUCCUUAACGAGAUUCAGAGAAGGGAGGAAGAGAAAAGGGAAGAAAGAAAAAAGAAAGAGAUUGCCAAACAGGAACGUUUGGAAAUAGCUGCUCUGACAAAUCAAGAAGACUCUCACAGGAGAGAUACUGCAGGACAUAGAGCUACUUCACGCUUAAAUGGGAGCUGUUUGGAACAUGGAGUGAAUAAUAAACACCGACCAAAUUCAGCUGGACGUUCAAAACGAGAACGCCAGAUUUCUGUUAGUAAUAAUGAAGAGUCCCCUGGAAAUCAUGAAGUUCUGAACUUCAGCACAAGUGGUGCUGGACAGCUUACUGUCCAUAAAGGAAGAUGUCUGGGCAAGGAUGAGCAGCUUGGUAAAUCUGUCUACAAUGCCUUGGAAAUUCACAGUGGAGACUUUGUUCUAAUAUAUGAGUGGGUUCUGCACUGGCAAAAAAAGAUGGGAAAGUUUCUUACAACUCAUGAAAUAGAAAAGAUUGAGAAGUCUAAGAAACAGCUUCAGGGAGCAGAAACAGAGUUCAGCUCACUGACGAAGCUAAGCCACCCAAACAUAGUACACUACAAAUGUAUGAACCUCAAAGAAAGGGAUGACUCAAUUGUGGUGGAUAUUUUAGUGGAGCACAUAAGUGGUUGCAGCCUUUCUACAUACUUGCACAAAGAGACUCCGGUUCCAGUUGAGCAGUUGCGCCAUUAUGUGAUCCAGAUACUGUCUGCUCUCGACUACUUGCACAGUAAUUCAGUAGUGCACAAGGUCCUUUGUGCUUCCAGUGUCCUGGUAGAUGCUGAAGGAAACAUCAAGGUCACAGACUACAGCAUUUCCAAGCGCUUAGCUGACAUCUGCAAAGCUGAUGUUUUUGAGCAGACCAAGGUUCGUUUUAGUGAGGAUGGUCUUCCCAACAAGCCUGGAAAAAAAGGAGAUGUAUGGCGUCUGGGCUUGCUUCUGCUUUCACUCAGCCAGGGCCAAGUAACCAAGGAAUUCCCAGUUGCUGUUCCUACCAAUUUACCUGCUGACUUUCAAGACUUUCUAGAAAGGUGUGUUUGCUUGGAAGAUAAAGAAAGAUGGACUCCUCAGCAGUUGCUACAACAUAGUUUUAUAAACAUUCCACGAAUAAAAAUACCUGUAGCUGAAGAAAAUCUAGAUGAUUCAGCAGGUAUAGAUUACAUGGAGACAGUUGUACCCAGCAGUCGGAUAUCCAGUGCUUCAUUCUUCACAGAAACACAAAGACAAUUUUCACGAUACUACAAUGAGUUUGAAGAGCUAAAAUUACUUGGUAAAGGGGCUUUUGGAGCAGUCAUCAAGGUGAGAAAUAAACUUGAUGGUUGCUAUUAUGCUGUGAAGCGUAUUCGCAUAAACCCUACCAGCAAGCAAUUUCGGAGGAUUAAGGGGGAAGUAACGUUACUUUCCCGCUUGAACCAUGAAAAUAUUGUGAGGUAUUACAAUGCUUGGAUAGAAAAACAUGAAAGUCCCCUUCCCACCGUGUCAACAUCUGAAGCAACCGAAGAGAGAAAAAUGCCCCUCAAAGCCGGUCCCUACAUCCUUUCUGCUGAGGAGACAAGUGAUGUGGAAACUAAUGCUCCUCCUCCGUGUUUGACAAGUUCAGUUGAGUGGAGUACUUCAUGUGAAAGAUCCUCCAGCAACAAAUUCAGUGGAGCUGAUCAGGAGUCCAGUGAUGACGACGAUGAUGGUGAUGGCGUGUUCUCACAUUCAAUUUUGCCAACCACAGAUUCUGAAAGUGAAAUAAUUUUUGAUAACGAAGAUGAAAAUAGUAAAGGUCAUUCUCCAAAUGAAGAAGGCAAUGAAAAGAAUAGCCAUGGAGGAGAAGACAGGACACCAGUUGUUCAGACUGUGCAUUAUCUGUACAUUCAGAUGGAGUAUUGUGAAAAAAGCACAUUAAGGGACACUAUUGACCAAGGGCUACAUGAAGAUACCAGUCGGCUUUGGCGGCUUUUCCGAGAAAUUUUGGAUGGAUUAGCUUACAUCCAUGAAAAGGGAAUGAUCCACAGAGACUUGAAACCUGUGAACAUUUUUUUAGAUUCAGAUGAUCAUGUGAAAAUUGGUGAUUUUGGUCUAGCUACAGAUUAUCCAGCAAAUGCAGUGGUCUCUAAACAAGAGGAAAAUCUCUCAGAUGGUUCUGCUGUGUCUGACCCAUCAGGUAACUUGACAGGGAUGGUUGGCACCGCACUGUAUGUCAGCCCAGAGGUCCAAGGAAGCACAAAAUCCACAUACAAUCAGAAAGUGGACCUGUUCAGCCUAGGUAUAAUAUUCUUUGAAAUGUGUUACCAUCCUAUGAAUACUGCAUCAGAAAGGAUCUUUGUUCUUGGUCAGCUAAGGCUGCCUGCGAUUAUAUUUCCUAAGGACUUCGAUGAAGUCAAGCAUGCAAAGCAGAGAUUGGUUAUUACGUGGCUUCUGAACCACGAUCCUGCAGCACGACCAACAGCUGUGGAGCUGCUAAAAAGUGAACAUCUUCCACCACCACAAAUGGAAGAGUCAGAACUCCAUGAAGUGCUCCACCAUACCUUAGCAAACGUGGAUGGAAAGGCCUACCGGACUAUGAUGAGUCAGAUAUUUGCACAGCGUGUAUCUCCAGGAAUUGACUAUACUUAUGACAGUGAUAUGCUGAAGGGUAGUUUUUCUAUUUGGGCAGCCAAGAUACAGCAGCAUGUAUGUGAGAUUGUCAGCCGGAUAUUUAAAAGACACGGAGCCAUCAAGCUGCAUACUCCACUGCUGAUGCCCAGAAAUAAAAAACUAUAUGAACACAAUGAAGCUUCGUAUUUCAUGGAUCACAGCGGGAUGCUGGUAAUGCUUCCUUAUGAUCUCAGAAUUCCUUUUGCAAGAUUUGUAGCUAGAAAUAACAUAUCAAACUUGAAAAGAUACUGUAUAGAGCGAGUUUUCAGACCUCGGAAGUUAGACCGCUGUCAUCCCAAAGAACUCCUAGAAUGUGCAUUUGACAUCAUUACAUCUACUGGAAAUAGCUUUUUGCCUAUAGCAGAAACAAUUUAUGCCAUUUCAGAAAUCAUUCAAGAGUUUUCAGUGCUACAGGAAAGAAACUACAGUAUUUAUCUGAACCACACUGCCUUACUCAAAGCCAUACUUUUGCACUGUGGGAUACCAGAGGACAAACUCAAUCAGGUCUACAUCAUUCUCUAUGAUGCUGUGCUUUCUCGACUCUAUAAAUUCAUUGAGCAGAAGGGAGAAGCAAGUAAUGUAUUUCCAUUUCUAAACACAAUGAUAAAACAAAAGCCAAGUGUCAUUCAGCUGUUGAAGCAUGGCAUGAAGGAUUUAGAGGAAAUCAUAGGUUUAUUAAAGCAACUGGGAAUAAAACUUCAGAUCUCUAUCAAUCUGGGACUAGUUUACAAAAUACAGCAGCACAAUGGUAUUAUCUUUCAGUUUAUAGCAUACAUCAAAAGAAGACAAAGAACUGUUCCUGAAAUUCUUGCUGCAGGAGGCAGAUAUGAUCAUCUGAUUCCACAGUUUAGAGGGCCACAGGCAGUAGGACCAGUUCCUUCCGCUGUUGGUGUCAGCAUUGCUAUAGAUAAAAUAACUGCUGCUGUUUCCAGUGUGGAGGAUUCUGUUUCUGUCAGCUCUUGUGACCUGCUGGUUGUAAGUGUUGGUCAGAUGUCAAUGGGUAGAGCUAUCAACAUUGUUCAGAAAUUCUGGACUGCAGGAAUUCCAGCCGAAAUAAUGUAUGACUGGUCCCAGUCCCAGGAAGAACUGCAGGAAUACUGCAGAUGCUCAGGGAUUACAUAUGUGGCUCUGGUGUCAGAGAAAGAAGGAAGUCAUGUGAAGGUGAAAUCCUUUGAGAAAGACAGGCAGACGGAGAAAAGGAUUUUAGAAUCUGAUUUAGUAGAUCACCUGAUCCAGAAACUGAAAAUGAAAAUCGGUGAUGAAAGAUGUAGUAGAGAAACCACAGAUAAUCUUUCAAUACCAAAUCAAAAAGGAUCAUUUACUAAUAUUUCAGGUGUGUUUGAAUCACAUGGAACUCUUGUAGUGCCUAAUGUUAGUGUUAUAGCUCCUGAAAAAUUAUCUGCCAGUGCCAGGCGUCGUCAAGAAAUUCAGGUGCAAACAAGACUUCAGACAUUCAUUUCUAGCCUGCAACAGAAAACAAGUGAGAUUGAGAUUUUAGCAGUUGAUCUGCCAAAAGCAACUGUGAUACACUUCUUAUCAUUAGAGCUUGAUGGAGAUAAACAAGCCUUUGAUGCUACUGUGAGACAACUGAUGUCACGGUGGCCCAAGCAGAGAUCUUCCUAUUUACAAGCAAUUUGUGAUGAAAUUUACAGUCUCAAAAUGGAAAAGAGGGUUCCUGCACUUAUCCUGUACAGUUACCGAGAUGAAUACAAAGUUUUGUUUUAGUACUUAAAGCAUCUUUCAUGGGGUGCUUCUACAACAGUGUUUUGUCAGAAGGAAUUUCAAAAAGCUGUAAUAAUGCAAGACAGGCAACUAGUGCCUUUUUCUGCUUUUUCUGUGUCCAGAUUGCAUUUCAUGUAUAAUACUGUCCUGAUUCUGGCAGGAGAGGGUUAAGAUUUGCUGUAGCUAGGAGGCAUGGCCAGGACCCAGAGGUUCAUUUGUACCACCUCAAGCCACUGCUGGGGGCCUUCCAGGCGGGCACAGUGUGGCAGAGGGAGCAGUUGGGGUGUGUUGUUUUUGUGGACUCGUUCACCUGUCCUGGACCUUCUGCCACUGGUAUUGUUGCUGUUACGGGUUUAUCUCACUGCUGUUUCCAGUAAAUUCAUACCUCAACCUGUGCUCUUUACCUUCUGUGUCUCCCAGUUCUCCUCUCCAGCCACCAACAGGGGAGGGGGUAGUGAGUGGCACAUGUAUUCAAAUGGAGCACUAAACUAGAGAAUGACAUUCCUAAACCAUGACAAAUACAAAACUAAAUGCUUUCAAAAUGUGGAAGUAAUUGUUUUAUAGGCAAUUAAGGAGCAAGUCUGACUAUAGCCACAGCUAGGCAUUACCAUGUAAUUCUUGCCCCUUAUGCUACAUAAAUCAGCUGUACAGAUGUAAAACUUUUUUUUUAAAUAGUUUCAAAAUGCUUUUUAUGCAACAGUAGUACUGCAACAAGCAAUGUCAGUUCUAGAAUUAUGAAAUAAUUAAUUACCUUUAACAAAUUGUUUUAAACAUUUUUUGAGUUUUUAUGAAAUAAAAACUGCUGAGCCUUAUUGAAAUACUCAUUAUGAGCCUUUUGUGUUUCAUUUUUGGUUGGGAUUUUUAACCUACUGUUUUAAUUUAUGUAUAAAAUAUGGUAGACUUCAGGCUGAGAGUUGUUACCAGCCUGUGCUUGUCCUGUCUGUACUUUUGCAUUGAAAUCAAGCAGCAGCUUCUGUGAGAUCAACACCUGAUAAAAGAAAAACACUUGUUUCAGACCUGCAGAAUCUAAACCAAAGACUUUGAAGAGAAACAUAAGCCGCAUGUGCUUGGGGCAUAACCAAAGUUUUGAACUAACUUUCUUUACCUGAGUUGUCAGAUGAAGUUUGAGGCUAGUCAUAGUAAUGAUGGAAGUA